UAAUUCUUUCAAAAAAGGAUAAAUCUUUUUGUUUUCGUCCGAUAUCGCAAAAUUUUAUUUUUAUCGCUUUUACCACAACCAUCUAGGAUCUAUUGAUUUUUGUUUGUCACCUCCGAAAUCACGACGGUAGAAGUUUAUCGUUGACAAGAACUCGAUUACACACUUUACACAGCUACCUUUUCCCCUUUUUUCCCCAACUUGGUAUUUGUGUUCUGGUGACAAAUAUCAAUAAAUCUAAGCAGAUUGUUGAGUUAAUUUUACUAAUAAGGUGUUUUGUCGGUGGAGGCGAGUAUGCACGACGACGAAAGGGUGGCUGACGAGCUGGAGGCUCUUCAAGCGAUACUGCUAAAUGAGAUUGACAUUAAGACCAACGAAAGCGGCAUGGCUACGGGGAUUGAGAUGGAAGUGCAUCCUUGGACAGCGCUUGAUGUAGAUUUACAGUAUGUCCGAGUCACAUUAGUUGUGCAUCUCCCAAAAGGUUACCCGGACGUAAGACCAACUGUACAGCUCAAAAACCCGAGGGGCCUUGAAGAUAGUUUAAUCAAUGACAUAUAUUCACAAAUAGAAGAUAAAUGUAAUCAACUUAUUGGACAGCCAGCAUUAUUUGAAUUAAUUGAGGUUGUUAAGGAAAAGCUCACUGCAAGUAAUAAACCAUGUGUACCUUGUUGUAUUUGUCUAUAUGGAUUUAGACAAGGAGAUGAUUUUAUAAAAACAGAUUGCUAUCAUUAUUUUCACUCUCGUUGCCUUGCUGGGCACCUCACGGCGUCAGAAAAUAUUUUUAAAGAGGAACAAGAUAAGCUUCCUCCAUGGGAAAAAACAGAGGAACAAUUCAAGGCUUUAUGCCCCAUUUGUAGAUCUCAAAUAUCUUAUGAUGUCGAGGUUUUAAAAAACGCCCAUCCGCCUAUUGAACUUGAAGAAGCACCUAGAACUUUCCAGCCUACGCCGGAAUUGAGAAUGCUUCAAGAAAAAAUGGGAGAGCUUUUCUUACAUCAAAGAAGUAAGGGAGGGAUCAUCCAAGAAGACUCUCCUUCUUUCUGAAGAAUGAAAUGGCAUAGGAAAUAACAGAUGACAUAAAUCAUAAGACAUAUCGACAAUAACUCAUAUUGUAGUUACGGUAUUCUGAGGCAUAUGGUGUACAUUAAAACUCCGUUAAGAGCUUGAAGAGUGCUUAAGCAAAUUUAAAAUGACCCUUUAUAUAUAAAAACUAAACAUUUACACAUGUAACUACAUCUUGUAGCAAUGCCAGUAUGAAUUGGAACACACAAAAAAAAGUCUUAACUUUUUAAUAUUCAUACAUUAUAAAAUUAACGCCAAUGUAGCUCAAAUAAUGCACAGAAAAAAUUAGUUAUUAUUUUGUAAUUCUGUUUUAUCUUUAACUGCCAAAUAGUUAUAAUGAUAGAAAUAAGUUGAUUAUUUUAUAUAAUUAUUUUCUAGUCACACAUACAAGUGUUGUCUCUUAUGCAAUAAGCUGUCUAAUUUAUAUUUUGAAGACUUACGGCAUAGAAAUUCGAGUUUACAUCACCACUUUUAAAAAUAAUAGAAUCUUCAUAGUUAUUAUUUUAAACGGUUAGCAAUUUAAAAUUGCAAUCAUCUCUGAGUAAAAUCUUGCUAUCUAAUGGCUUAAAACAGGUUUUGAAUCUUCCUUAACAUUCUAGAAAUUUGGCUGUUUACCAUUGACACAUAACAUUCCUUUCAAA